AUGUCAGUACCUGCUUUCGAAUACCAAGUACGAACCAUCUCUCUUGAUGACACUCAAGCACCAACACAUUCAGCACGAGGGAGUGGGGUUUCAGUUGUAGUGCGCAGUUACAAAAGGCCAGCCCUGGGUUGGAGUACCACAGAAGAUAUCAUCAACUUUACCCUAGGCAAUGCUAAGAAGAACAGUCUGUUGCAAAAGGAACCUACAAGUCAAAAGGGCACAGAGAAGCAAAGAAAUGCGACAGAAGAUAUCAUCGACCUUACCCUAGGCAAUACUAAGAAGAAUGAUCUGUUGCAAAAGGAACCUACAAGUCAAAAGGGCACAGAGAAGCAAAGAAAUACUCAGAUCCUAUCAAUGUUCAUCAAAGCCAACUCGGAAAUUGAUAUCCGGACCUUGACCUUGGUAGUUGGAUUUCGGGAGUUGGGAGUCGGUAAUGGAGAUCUGGAACUCAGAAUUCAAUAUUCAGAACACGAACAUCGGUACUCAAUGCUCAGACCUCGGCACUCGUUAUUUGGAGCUCGCUAA